CAGGCAGCUCUCUGUGGCUGCAAACUUGCGUCUGUGUGGCAACCGAUCCGUGGAACGGGAAGUCUGGCUGACGUCGACUGUUGCAUUGCCUAAUACCUUGCACUUGCAGUCUGCUCGCUGACGGAUUGGUCGAUGCUAUUUUUAUUGUGUGCAUGAGCAUGGCCGGUCAACAGUCGAGAGUGUCGCUCUUUGUCGCGGUCAAGAACGGCAACCUACAGGAUGUGAUCGACUGCGUCGAGUCGGGCUGUUCGGUCGACGUGCGAGACGGAACGACGGCGGAGGCGACGGCGCUGUAUGUCGCAUGCAAGUGCAAUCGGUUGGAUAUCUGCGAGUUCUUGCUGCAGAGCGGGGCGGACGUGAACGCGCAGACGAAAUGGCGGUCGACGCCGCUGCACGUGGCGAGCGAUCGCGGUCAUACGGGGUGCGCUUUCCGUCUGCUUUUGUUCGGCGCCGACGUGAACGUGAUGAACCGUCGGGGAGAAACGGCGCUCCAUUUGUCGGCUAAACGAGGUCACGUGAUGACCGUGGAGCUGUUGGUAGGGGCUGGAGCAAAGCUGCAUGUUAGGGAUAAGGGCGGGCUGACGCCUCAACGUGCUGCUGAAGUCGAGAGACAGGAUGAUACGGUUGGCGUUCUUUCUAGGGUCAAAGACACGUUGGGUUACCUACGGAAGAGAUUUCAGGAUGAUAAAAUCAAGUUGGGUCUGGUUUUGGAAAAGAGUUAUUCCUCUUGUCAGAGUGUCUUGGGGAGGGGUACACCUCGACUCGAUUUGGCAUGGAAGGCAUUGGUGCAGUUACCUGUUCAGUGGCAGAAUGAGAUUGCUGCCGUGUUUCGAGAGCAGGUGGAAGAUACAGAUUUGAUGGUGAUGUGUGAAGAGAGGAAACAACGGCUCGAACCUCAGUUGUGGGUUCUCGGUGUAGACUACACGAUUAAAGGAGGUGCUCCUGUUGGCAAUGGUGUCUGGGAUAGGCAUUUGAAGUCGAUAUCUCUUUUGUUUGAGAUAAAUCACAAUCUGUACGGUUCCAUGAUGCUUAAGGUACUGAUUGGUUUAAAUCAAAAAGGCAAUGGUCAAAGACGUGUCAAAAUGGACACCAAACAUAGGGAUGACAUAUUCUCGACUCUUCCUUCUCAUCCCCAUGUUGCCAGAGUGAUACACAGGUUUGAAGCUGAAACAAUGGCUUUUAAAUGCUUUGUGCCAUCGACGGUGUCAUCUCAGUUGCAUCGUGAUAUUACUCUGGAAAAAUUUGCAACCUGUUUAGUGACAGACAGAUACCCGCUCUGUCUUAAAUGCAUUUAUAAUUUUCUGUGUGAACAUGUUAAACCUGGAGAGCCAUGGAGUGAUGCUGUUGGAGAAACAUUUCUGAUUCUUGUCACGAUUCAGGCUCUUAAGGGAAUUCGACAUUUACAUAUGCACGGCAUUUCAAACAGUAGAAUUAGCAUGGAAAAUGUAUUAGUGGACAACCAGAUGCGUGUGGUAAUUACAGAUAAUAUCCAGAACCCUCAGUUUCAUCAUCAUCUACAGGACAGUUGCAUAACUGAAGACAGUUGCAUACCUGAAGACGAGACCAUCAAGUCGGCUUGUACUGAGUGUCCAGAUGUUUGCACACUGGCAGAGACGAUUGAAGCACUAAUGCAUCCACCCACUGAUAUUGGAGAAGACAAGGUAGAUGCAUCCUCGCUAACACACAGUCAAGAGGAUUUACGUCAAGAUGAGGACACACUUGUAACUGAGACCUCGAUAGAAUGCAACUAUUCCCAAAUAUUAACACAUCUUUUGACUAGAAUGAAAUCGGAUGAUCAGUCGAUUAGCACUGAUGUCGGCAAUAGUUUAAUCUAUGCUGGAGCCAUUUUGUUUUUCCGUGAUUGUAGGAAACUAGAGAAUAAGGAAGAGCUUCGUUGCUGGACAACUGCCAACUUAAUUAGUCAAACUCUGUUAAGUCCAGAAAAUUCUGGUUGGACACAGGAUGGCCAUCACCUCAGAAUGCAGAUUUGUAAUGUGUCACUGGAAGGGCGAAAGACACUGGAUACACUAAGAAGACAGUUUUUGUGUGAGACGACCUGUGAUCAGUUGUGGUCAGCAUACCAAUGGGUAACUCAACCAAUAUAGAACAGACAAUUAGUACCAACAUAGAAGAGCGCUUGAGUAGUCUAAUCUCGUAUAUCUAUUUUCUUUCCAACACAAUGCUAUGGAUAACUUUAGAAAGGCA